CUCCAGUCAAUGCACGAAUUUAUCUUAGCCCAAAAGAAUCUAAAAGUUCGUGAAAUGGAACUCCUGGCAUCAAUAGAUGGUAUCAAUUAUUCCUCAGACAAAAGGAAAAAACCUAAAUUAACUAAAGAUGGCCUCGUUAUUAAAUAUGAAUAUGAUUCUGACGAAGAUUGCGAUGGAGGCACUUGGGAACACAAAUUAAGACAAGCCGAAAUGGAGGCGACAAAAGAAUGGGCAGAUAAGUUAACAGAGCUAGGAAGGGGUAAACAUCAUAUUGGCGAUUUUCUCCCUCCUGAUGAGCUCCAACGUUUUUUAGAAACCUACAGAGCCUUGAAAGAGGGUCGUGAACCCGAUCAUUCCGAGUACAAGCAGUUUAAGCUGACAUGUGAGAAUGUUGGCUAUCAGAUGCUAGAAAAAAUGGGCUGGAAAGAAGGCGAAGGUUUAGGUGCUGAUAAUCAAGGCAUCGUUGAUCCAGUUGGAAAGUAA